GUUGCUAAUGGUAACAUUGGACAAUAACAACAAGCCGUGUAUUGGAAAGGGAAGAUAAGUUGUUAAAGAUGUCGAUUGCAGUGUGUACUCAAAAGCAUAUUUUCGGCUUGCGACGAAACGUCUCUAAUAGUAUUGCCUAUCAUGAUGAACAAACAGUUGUUUAUCCGGCAGGAUCCAAUACUAUUAUGUAUAAUAUGGAUCAGAAGAUACAAAAAUUCAUACCUCCAGGCUCCGAUAAAGUUGAAGCUCUUACAGCCAUGGCAGUUUCUCCAAAUAGGCGAUAUAUAGCCUUGGCUGAAAGGCACGCUGGAAAAGCGACCGUUACAAUUUACGAUCUACACUCUUUAAGAAAAAGGAAAGUUCUAACGUCACCCGAAGUUCAGAGCUCAGAAUUUGUUAGCGUUUCCUUCUCACCAGAUUCAAAGUACUUAAUUACGCAGGGAGGUAAGCCGGAUUGGACUCUUUUGUAUUGGACUUGGGAAAAGUCACGAGUAAUGGCAUCUACCAAGACUUCGGAUCCAAGGGGAUCAUUGCCUGUCUACCAAGUGACGUUUAAUCCACAAGAUAAUACGCAAAUAUGCGCGACUGGCAAUGCAAUCUUUAAACUAUUUAGGUAUAGUGAAACGACCUUGAAACAGUUCGCUUUUCAAAAAGCGGAACAAAAUUAUUUAUGCCAAGCCUGGGUUUCGGAUGAAAGAGUAGUAGUUGGAACGGACAGCGGAAAGCUACUAAUUUUUGAAGCUGGAGAAGUUAAAAGUGAAAUUAAUCUUGCUGAUCUAAUCAAGUUAGACAGAGAAAAGAGCGAUUUGGAAAGAGAGAAAACAAUGACGACAAUUUCGGAUGAACAAUCUUUCGAUGCGUCCGUGAAUGUUACAGCUAUCGCCGCCUUUUCAAAAGGUUUUGCCUGUACAGUGGGCCCUGGAAGAGUGUUUAUCUUUGAAAAGAGCGAAGAAAAAGAAGUUUUCAAAAAAACCAGAGAAGUUAGGAUUCCGGAAGAUCAAAAUACAAUCGAUCCAGCUAAAAACGCAGCGCAAACAAUAACAGCCUUGGCAAUAAGUCCAUCAGAGGAAAGUUUAGUUUGUAUUACGGAUCAAGGUCAGAGUUUUUCCAUUGCUCUUUCGUCAACUGAAUUGGGUAAAGGGGAAUAUGGCAAGUUCGAAUUCCUUGCGCAGUCUUUCCAUCACGGUCAAGUGACUGGUUUGGAUGUUUGCAUAAGAAAACCGCUAAUAGCCACUUGUUCCCUCGAUCACUCUAUAAGGGUUUGGAAUUUCGAAACAAAUAAUAUAGAAUUAUAUAAGGAAUUUCCGGAAGAAGCUUAUUCAAUUGCUCUGCAUCCUAGUGGACUCUACAUUCUUGUUGGUUUUAGCGAUAAGCUGAGACUGAUGAAUCUUCUUAUUGAUGAUAUCCGCCCAUUUAAAGAAUUUACAAUUAGAGGAUGUCGAGAGUGCUCUUUCUCUAAUGGAGGUCAUUUAUUCGCCGCUGUCCAUGGGAACAUAAUACAAGUUUAUUCAACAACUACUUUUGAAACGGUACAAAAUCUAAAGGGCCAUAAUGGAAAAGUAAAAGCUGUUGUCUGGAGUCAGGACGACAGUAGAAUUGUGUCUUGUGGUAUUGAUGGCGCAGUUUACGAAUGGGAAACUUACACAGGAAAGAGACCUGGAGAGAGUGUUCUUAAAUCAAAUCACUAUACAGGCGUUGCUCUGAGUCCAGAAGGGAAGACAUAUUACGCUGUAGGGUCUGAUAAAACUCUUAAGGAAAUUUCGGACUGUCAAGUACUCAGAGAAAUUGAUGCCAAAGAUAAUGCAACAUUCACAUCUGUUGCUAUGUCACAUUCAGGUAGAAUGCUUUUCACCGGCAUGCAUAACGGAGCCUUAAGAUCUAUCAAGUUUCCUGUGACGACACCUGGAGAAUGGAUUGAAUACACCGGUCAUUCUUCUCAGAUUGUUAAGAUGAAAGUUACUCACGACGAUCAGCAGUUAAUUACUAUCUCGGAUGAUUCAUGCGUAAUGAUAUGGAAGAUACAAGACAGGGAAGGUAGAGCUCAAAAACGAGCGGAUAAAGAUAUUGGAUAUGCUGAAGAAAUCCUGAUAACAAAGUCGGAUUUAGAAGAAAAGAACUCAAAUAUGGCUGAAUUGAAAACAAGAGUAGACGAAUUAAUGAUGGAAAAUGACUAUCAGAUGAGAUUGAAAGAUAUGAAUUAUAACGAGAAGAUAAAAGAACUUACUGAGAAGUUUAUUCAGGAAAUGGAAUCUCUGAAAACCAAAAAUCAAGUUCUAAAAACUGAGAAAGAGAAACAAGAACAAAAGCAUGAAGACGAUGUUAGCGACAUAAUUGAAAGGCACAGUAAAGAAGUCCAAGAUUUAGAAUCUGCAAACAAUCAAAAGUUGAUGCUCGAAUACGAAAAAUAUCAAGAAUUACAAACGAAGAGUCAAAAGAUGCAGGAAGAUUACGAAAGACAAUUACACGAACUGGAAGAGCAAAAAGAAAGAGAGCUGGAAGAGAUGACCGAAUUCUACGAAGCCAAAUUGAAUGAUAUGAACAAGAAGUUGGAAACUGCUAAUGACGAGAUGAGAGAACAAAAACGUGAAUACGAAGAAACUAAGAGGCAAAUUGAGGAGGAUGCUGAUAGAGAGAUCCUAGAUAUUAAAAAUAGAUAUGAACGUCGCUUAAAGGAAGAGAAAGACAACAAUAUGAAGUUGAAAGCUGAAACAGGUAUUCUAAGAAAGAAGUUUACCAGCUUAAAUAAAGAAAUCGAAGAUCAUAAGGAAGAAAUAAAGAAAUAUCAGCAAGAAAUUCAAAAACUCAACAACAUGAUACAUCAAUUAGAAAAAGAUAUCCAAGGUCUGAAGAAAGAAAUUCAAGAAAGAGACGAUACUAUUCAAGAUAAAGAGAAGAGAAUUUACGAUUUGAAAAAGAAAAAUCAAGAAUUAGAAAAGUUUAAAUUCGUCUUGGAUUAUAAAAUUAGAGAGCUUAAAAAACAAAUUGAACCCCGCGAAAAGGAAAUUAAAAAUUCAAAGGAACAGAUUCAAGAGAUGGAAAGCGAAUUGGAAAGAUUCCACAAGCAGAAUACCCAGCUAGAAUUAAACAUUAGCGAAUUAAAACAAAAAUUAAAGGCUACUGAAAAGGAGAAGCAUCAGGAACGUCAAACAGUCAGAGAUGUUGAAGCUGUCGUUAGACGAUUUAGAACAGAUUUACAUAAUUGCGUUGGCUAUAUCCAAGAUCCAAAGCUAUUAGGCGAAAGUAUCAGAGCUCUAUAUAAAAAACACGUACAGGAUGACAUCACUUCGGAGGCGAGCGUUGACGCUGACAUCCAAAAAGAGUAUGCCCGUCAAAGAGAACAUUUAGAACGUUCAGUAGCAUCCCUGAGGAAGAAACUCGUAAAGGAUACAGAAAUUCAUAAAGCUGAUAACGUUAGAAUUAUGCAGGAAAAUGUCUCGCUAAUCAAAGAAAUAAACGAUCUUCGAAAAGAGUUGAAGAUUGCUCGCUCUCACGUCCACGACUUGGAAGCAGCCUUAGGAUUACAUAGGAAAACUAAUCAAGCUAAAGCUACUGAAACUCUUGCAAGGCUCCUCGACAACAAUCCAAAUACCAAAUUGGAACUAGAAGUUACCGACAAGAAUAAAAUAAUCGAUAUGCAAAGAAACGAAAUUUCGAAAUUAAGAUCGCAACUAAGGGAAAUGGAACUCUAUGGGAACAACGACCGGCCGCCAUCAGGAUUACGAUUAGAGCCAAUAGAAACACAUUAA